GCGGGGACCCCCGGGACCGAGAUGUGGCGGGCUGGCUGGUGGGCGCCCCUGCUCCUGUGCCUGCUGCAGAGCGUCCCAGGAAGGUCCCGUCUAGCCCCACCCAGAAACGUGACACUGUUCUCCCAGAACUUCACUGUGUACCUGACAUGGCUUCCAGGGCUUGGUAGCCCCCCGAACGUGACCUAUUUCGUGACCUACCAAGGCUAUCCCAGCUACCAACGUUGGCGAAAAGUGGAGCAGUGUGCCGGCACCAGGGCUCUGGUGUGUCCCCUGAUGUGCCUCAAGAGACAAGAUCUGUACAACAAGUUCAGGGGGCGAGUGCAGGCGGCUUCUGCACGCGGCAGGUCCCCACAGGUGGAGUCGGGGUACCUGGAGUACCUUUUUGACGUGGAGCCAGCCCCUCCUACCCUUGUGCUCACCCAGAUGGAGAAGAUCCUAAGGGUCAACGCCACCUACCAACUGCCACCUUGCAUGCCUUCGCUGGACCUGAAGUAUGAGGUGGAAUUCUGGAAGGAGGAUGUGGGACGCAAGACCCUGUUUCCUGCCACUCCACGUGGCCAACCCAUGCAGAUCCCUCUCCAGCCAGGUGCUAGUGGACGUCACUGCCUCAGUGCCAGAACCAUCUAUACCCUCAUUGUCCACAAAUCUAGCCACUUCUCUGAGCCCAGCUGCAUCUCCCUUGAGGCCCCAGGGACCAGCUGGGCUGUCCUGGCACUGCCCCUACUCCUGCCUCUACUGCUAGCCGCUGCUGCAGCAGGUGUGAUCUGGAAGAAACUGGAAGGGGACCCCUGGUUUCAGUGGGUGAAGAGGCCUCAAGCAAUGGACUUCUCUGAAUACAGAUAUCCGAUGGCAACCUUUCAGCCCAGUAGACCUGAGUUCCCAGAUGACCUGAUCCUCUGUCCCCAGAAAGAGCUGACCAUAAGGAUCAGACCAGUCCCUCAAGCCAGAGACCCAGGCACACUACAAGCAGGACCAGAAGAGGACAGCACCGAGGAUGAAGAUGAGGACGAAGAUGACAGUGACAGCAUCCAGCCCUACCUGGAACCGCCCCUCUUCAUGAAGGAGAAGCUACAGAUUAUGGGGUACUCAGAGACAGAUGAGUCUGGGGUAGAUUCAGGGGGGAGUCAAAAUUCAUCCACCUGGGACUCUUCAGACAGAAGCUGGCCCAGCACAGUGGGCUCUUCACUUAAGGAUGAAACUGGAUCUUCCAGCUGUUUGGACAAGAAGGAGCCAGAUCAAGAGCCUGGUGGGGAUGAGCACCAGGAGGCGUUCCCACGUCUGGAAUUUUCUGAGGACUCGGGCACCUUGGAAGAGCUGCUGAAAGAUGACUUCUCCAGGUGGAGAAUUUGGGAUUCCUUAUCCCCAAAGAGAGAUCUGGUUCCUGGAGAACCCCCAGUUUCUCUUCAAACACUGACUUUCUCCUGGGACAGCCACCCUGAGGAAGAAGAGGGGGAGGGAGAGGAGGAGGGAGAGGAGGAGGAAGAGGAGGAGGGAGAGGAGAAUGAGUGGGAAUCAGAACCCAAGGGCAGCAUCGCCAGCUGCUGGGACACUUCCAGCCUGCAGAGGACAGAGGUCAGGGAGGGGAUGCUGGGAGAUUAUAUGGCCAGGUGAGUUGGCCCUGGUGGUAUUGCUUCCAGUCUGGUAUUGCUACCUCUACUGCACUUCCCAGGGACCAGAGACACCUCCAGGUCUCAAGAGUCACGUCCCUUCCUGAGGUAAUCAAGGUCCUAGCCACUAUUUGCGGAUUACUCACAGGCUCUUUGUCAUUUGGACUGAGCUGUAAGAAGUCAACAUUUCCAGUGACCCAGCUGCUGUAGGUAACCUGUGAGGGAUGGAGCUGUGGUCAGAGACUAGCCAAGUUCCAGUCUGCCCAUUGUCCCAGGGAUGACAGCCCUUAUGGAAAAUCAUCCUUGGUCAAAAUGAAACAGGUGAAGCCACGUGUCUGUGGACCCCAAGAACAGACACACCCUCGUCCAUAAGUCAUGUAUAGUAUGAAACAGAUCUCAGUUCAAAUCCCGGCUCUGCCACUUACCAGUAGUCAUGUGAGCAAGCCACUCUCAAUCUCUGUGCCUCAGUUCCCUCUUGUGCAGCUGUUACACGGGUAUGGUGAGGCUUCAGGGAGUUUUCAGGUAUGGGUGGCAUGGGGCCACACAUACUGUCUAUGCACUAGAACCCUCCAUCUGUUCAGACUCCUGGCAGACCCCAGGCGUCUCUCACCAGAGACCCCUAAGUCAAGAGUGACAAGAAUACCUACCUUCCAACCUGUCUACCCUGUGGGUCACCCCAUUCCUUCCUUGUCACCAUCACACCUUCUAGUCUGGGGCUCUCUGAAACCAGAGCCCAACCAACUCUGCUUCUACUUCAUUGUUUAAAAGAGCAGUUCCCAAAGCUAACUUUCUGGUCUAGCCUGAGCCUUUUAGUCAUUCUAAAUUCCAGCUCCUUUCAACCCUUAGGUCAUUGACGAAAAGCCUGUGGAAAGCCCCAGAAAGGGCAUGAGGAUCAACACAAAUGUUCAUACUGUGUGCUCAGCACUUAACUUGCAUGAUAGCCCUGUACAGGGCAUCUGGGGACCGCAAGGACAUCGAGGUCAAAGUGACUGCCUUGGUGUGUGGCUUCGGCACUUGAAGGCUAAACACCUUUCUUACAUAUUUGUAUUCUUGUCGAAUUUUGCACUGUGUUUUAUAUCCUAUUUAAAUAAUACUUUAAUAUAUCUGUUGGUAUAAUGUCCAGAACCUUAA